AUUCAAGAUUAUUAUGUCUGAAGAGAACAAACAAGAGGAGUUUGAUUUAAUAGGCAAUAUUCUUUCUGACGAAGGUGAAGAUUGCUCUCCCUCUAAGGAAAAAGAACCAGAGGAUCAUAAAUAGCGUUAACUCUUUAGCUAUGGAUAAAAGUAUUUCUGCUCCUGUCGAUGAGAUAAAGAACAAACUUGGAAGUAGAGAAAAGCAUUCCCACAGUCCUCAAAAAUCAUAUGUAAAUUUUAAUCCAAAUGGAUACGCACAUCAUCAGCAUCAGAAUAUGAACUUUGGAUCUUAUUCUCCAGAGAUACCUAAAUGUAAUUCGAGUCUAUAUCCUGAUGAAUAUUAUUCUCAUCAAGGAAGUCAAUGGCAGAUGCACAACCCUCCGGCUGUCAAUAUGAAUACAACUAAACAGCCAGGACAUCCUGGACACUAUCAGCCAUAUACGAUGCAGGCAUAUCCUCAAAACAUGGGCUACUACAUGCCGACAAGCAUGCCGAUGUACAAAACCGCCAGUGGUCAUCCUCCUCAUGCAAGCAGAAAGUAUUCUGAAGGAGUAGCCUUGCAUGGAAACUACCUUGGAAUGCAGAAAUCGAAUACUGAGUUCAAGCCAAGUGCUUUUCCUAAGAAGAACAAUGGAAGAAAGAGAGUAUUUAGUUCGAUUGAGACUAAUGCUAUGUUUGACAACAAGUUUGGCAAAUUUUCUGGGAAUCUGAGUAACACAAAAGACAGUAGUACUUCUUCUAAUAAUAAAUAUGCUUCUCCACCGAGGAAAGGGAUGCCGGGAAACCAAUCAUUGGAUCCAAAAUCUCCUUAUCUCAUAAAAUUAAGGAAAUGCAUUAAAGAUAAAGAGGAAGAAGAUCUGACGUUGGAAAACUUGAAAGGCCAUGCGUCUGAAAUUUCAAGGGAUCAGGUUGGCUCCAGAUUCAUCCAGAAAAUCUAUGAAGCCAACUGUAAAGUAUCUUCAGAUUCGCUUGGAGACCUGAUAAAUGAAAUAAAGGAAGAUUCAUUGAAUAUAAUGAAGGAUGUCUUUGGAAAUUAUGUUAUCCAGAAAAUAUUACAAUUUGGGCCAGAAGAGCACAUCCAGACACUUUUCAAUGAGAUAAAAGGCCAUAUUCUCGAGAUGAGCAAACAUAUUUACGGAUGUAGGGUUGUUCAAAGGUUCAUAGAAGUUCUUAAUCAAGCCGAUCAAGCUACUAUUUUAUCUGAGUUAGAGGGGUCUGUAAUGGAAUGUAUCUAUGAUCAAUACGGAAACCAUGUCAUCCAGAAGAUUCUCAAAGAAGGCCACUCCGAUACUAAAGUUGAUUUUAUUCAAAGUCAUAUUGAGGCAAACAUUGCACCUCUGUGCAUGCAUAUUUAUGGGUGAAGAGUAGUCCAAAGAUUUUUAGAUAACUUUCCUUCUCACUGUACCGAUCCUAUUUAUGAUGAAAUUGUAAAGAACAAUGUCCUAGAGCUGAGUAAAGACCAAUAUGGAAAUUAUGUUAUCCAACUAAUUCUAGAGAAGGGAGUUAGGACCCAAGAUAGAAAGGCUAUCUGCCAUUCCUUGUUGGGAGAAGCCAGACUUCUUAGUGUACAUAAAUUCUCAUCAAAUGUUGUUGAGAAAUGUAUCCAAUUUUGCGAGCAAGAAGACAAGGACCUUAUCACCAAGGAAUUGCUCGGAGACAAGCUUGAGGAAAGUGAAAAGGAGAAGCAUAGUAUUUACUGCAUGAUGGACAACAAGUAUGGAAACUACGUUGUUCAGAAGGCGAUUGAAGAGGCUACACUAGAGCAAAGACUUGCUUUUUCCCAAAAAGUAAAGAACUCUUGAUCAUCUCCCUCAAAUUAUGUCAAGCAUGUGAUAAAUUGUCUUGAUAGACUUAAUUUAUCCCAAUGCCAGGAUAGUUCAUCCUCUUCUGGAAUUGUACAUACCAACCAGAAGUAAAUAAAAUCCUUGAUAAAUAGAUUUUUGAAUACAAAUUGA